AUUAUUUUAGGAACGAUUUAAAUAUAAAAUAUGAGUGAAAAGUUACAUAAAGUUCCUUUUGAAGAUGCCCUGGAUAUGACAGGCUUCGGCAAAUACAACUUGCUCAUGGGCGUAGUAUGCGGCCUCAUGCUCAUAGCCAUGGCCUUCGAGAGCCUGUCCGUCAGUUACUUGGUACCAGCUAGUGCUUGUGAACUUGAGACCACAACUCUGCAUCAGGGUUUAAUGGCUGCCGUACCAGUUAUAGGUAUCCUGGCAACGUCACACGUUUGGGGCUACUUAGCAGACAUGCGCGGGCGUCGCAAGAUUCUUCAACUGUCACUUGUGCUCGGGUUCGCCACGGGUGCGCUUGCUGCUUUCUCGCCUCACUGGAUUGUCUUCUGCGUUCUUAAGUUCCUGUCGUGUACUUCAGUCUCAGGAACAUUCGCACUCGCCUUCACGCUACUGGGAGAGACUACUCCUCGUGCAAAACGUAAUAUGGUGAUCUUAAUGGAGAGCAGUAUCUAUCUUCUUUGCACUGGAGUCAUGGCAGUGUUGACCAUCCCGGUUCUUCCCCUCACAUUCUCCUACUACGUCCCAUACCUUGGUAUCUACUUCAACUCCUGGAGAUUCCUGAACAUCCUCUACAGCUUGCCAUGCGCUGUCGCUGCAGUAGUCAUAACCCGAGUCGAUGAGAGCCCCAAAUACCUCCUCACCAAGGGGUUAGCGGAAGAAGCUUUGAAUGUCAUCAAGGGCAUGUAUGCCGUAAAUACUGGGAAAGAUCUGGAAGAUUUUCAGGUGAAAUCAAUAAUUCUAAACGAGGAUGCCACUUCUGAAUCACAACACUCGUCACUUUGGGCAUCAGUGAAAGCACAGACAUUGCCUCUGGUAAAGCCGCCCUUGGUGCGAAAUACGAUUCUGCUCUCCUUCAUGUUUGCAUUGAUCUAUUUCUGCAUACAUCCUUACAUCGUGUGGUUGCCCUUUAUUGCUGACGGUUUCAUGAAAUCCAUUGUAAAAGGAGAAACUGAUCUCACUAUCUGCCAAAUGCUGCGAUCAACGGGAGUUUCUCAAAAUCAAACCUUAGAUGUUAUCGAAGAGGUGAAAGACUGUACCCUAAAUCACUUUGCUAUGAUGAUCGUGCUCAUCAAUGGAUGUGUUCUCGGGAUGAUGAAUUUCGUCAUGAGUGGACUGAUUAAUGUGGUCGGGAGAAAGCGGCUGCUUAUUGCUGUCCAAAUAAUCACUGGAACAGCAGGCAUAUGCAUUAACUUCAGCCGCUCCUGGGCCGUAACAGCCGUCAUUUUCAUGGCUUUCAUCGCCAACUGCCUCAACUUCGCAGUCCUCACUACUUUUAGCGUCAACAUCUUCCCUACAUACCUCAAAGCAAUGGCGGUGUGCUUGACACUGAUGGUGGGGCGAACCUGCGCGUUCUUCGGGAUCAACAUACUCAAGCAGUUACUGAUCAGCGACUGCGAACUCUCCUUCUAUAUGUUCGGGGGAUUGACUGUCGCGGGCGGUAUAUUGGGAUUUCUUUUGCCAGGCGACGAACCCAAACACAAGCCAAAAGAAAAUAAGGCUCCAGAAACUUGAAAGGACCGUCGUUACAAAUAUAAACUAUCCAUGUUGCAAGAGUGCAUGUAUUAUGUGCCUAAUAUUUAGAGAGACCUUUGAAUAAUCGUUCUCUCGG